ACAGUUCUCUCUUGGAGAUCCAUCUGCUGGGUGUGACAGUGGGGUGCUGAUCAGUGGCUGGAUCAGGCUGUGUGUCUAAACACCGGAGUCAGGAAGGCGGAGAAUGAAGUUUGACGACGUGUUGGCGUUGCUGGGGGAGUUUGGGCCGUACCAGAAGCGGCUUUACUUCCUUGUGUGUCUGACUGGGAUCUGUGUCGCAUUCCAGACGCUGGCGUCUGUCUUCACCCUCACCGUCCCCGCUCACAGAUGUAAGAUCCCCGGCUACGACAACGACACAUACGCCGUGCAGAGUAGCUACCACCGCCAGCUCAUCAACCUUACCAUCCCGGUCUCCGAUGGCAAGUACUCAAAGUGUGAAAUCUACACAAACCGGAACUCCACCAUUUUGUCAAGGGGAGACAACUUGACCAAGCGCGAGUGUGACAGCUGGGUGUAUGACAGGUCGACUUUUGUGUCCACCAUCGCCACGGAUCUGAACAUCGUAUGCGGCGACAGAGUGGUGCGGACGUUGUCCAACUCCCUGGUGCUGGCGGGGAAGCUGGUUGGCUCCACACUUCAAUGCUUUAUCAGCGACAUAUUUGGUCGGAAGAAAGCGUUCCUAAUGUUCCUCUUCCUGAUGAUACUCACCGGCUUCGCCAACUACUUCCCGUACAACUUUACCAUGCUGAUGGUCUUCCGGUUCCUGGCCGGGCUGACAACGACAUCCACGUUCUUGGGAGCCUUUGUAAUAGGGGUGGAGUUCGUGGGUCCAUCCAAGCGUGUGUGGACCGGCCUGGUGAUCGAGUUGUUCUGGGUGCUGGGUAUGAUCAUCAUGGCGGGUCUCGCCUUCCUCCUCCCGGACUGGCAUCACCUGGUGCUCGCCCUCGCCUCGCCAGCUGUCCUCUUCCUCAGCUACUGGUGGUUAAUACCAGAGUCUCCCCGCUGGUUGAUGUCGAAAGGCCGUUUGCAGGAAGCGGAAAACAUAGUGCGAAAGGCCGCCAAGGUCAACAAGAUUACCCUUCCGGAAACGCUGUUCGACGACAAGACAAUGGAAGCAGAGAAUGAACCCAAGGGGAAGCUGAUAGAGAUGUUUACCAACAAAACACUGGCAGUGCGGUCCUUGAUCCUCUUCUACAUCUGGAUGGUGUCGAGUCUGGUGUACUACGGACUCACCCUGAACGUCUCCAACCUCAGUGGCAACAUCUUCGUCAACUUUGUGCUGUCGGCGCUGGUGGAGGCGGUGGGGUAUAUCCUGUCUAUCUUCCUGCUGGACCGAGUCGGACGCCGGGUACUGCUGUGCGCACUGAUGUCACUAGGGGGCGUGGCGUGUGUCCUCACGGUCUUUCCCGCCAUCUACGCCAGUGGAACGGCAGACUGGUCGCUAAUGAUGUUGUCGCUGGUGGGGAAGAUGGGUUCGUCAGGGGCGUUUGGUGUCAUCUACAUCUUCACCGCCGAGUUGUACCCCACACCUCUGAGAAACAUCGGCCUUGGCGUCAACCUGACGUUCUCCAGGAUAGGCGGAGUUAUCUCCCCUUUCAUUUCCGAUUUAGGUAUACUUGUUGGGGGUACGUUUGGCGAGCAGGCUCUUCCUCUGGUGGUAUUUGGUGUCACUGCUGUCCUUGCUGGUGGGCUAGCCCUCGCCCUUCCGGAAACACUGAACCGGAAAUUACCGGAAACCGUCGAGGAUGCCAAACAAAUCGGGUCCAGCACAAAGCACAAGUACAAGAUGAGAACAGAGGACCAGGCCGAGAGCGUCUUCACAGUGGCCUACAAGAACACGGAAUAGUCAGAGAAUGUGAUAUCGUGGCCUUCAUCCCUCUCGGAUGACACCCACAACACGUACCCCUGUCAACCAUGAUCCACCCCACGUACCCCUGUCCUCCAUGAUCCACCCCACGUACCCCUGUCCUCCAUUACCCAACUCACGUACCCCCAUCUCCCAUGAUCCAUCCCCCGUCCCCCCGUCUCCAACCCUAUCCCAACACCCAGCCCCAAGUUCAGUGGCUUAUCUUGUGGAACCUUGUAUCUUGUAUGUGAUGUACUAUAGACUCCCCAAAAGUAAGGAAUACUCGGAAAUAACCUUUAUGAGAUAUAUGUUACCAGUAAUAGUUGCCUGAUAUAUUAAACGACAACACAUUACAAGCGGUACCAGCCAUGUAUGUACAGAUGUUAGGACCGCCAACGAUCUUGACGGACUAAAUGGGUAAACAUGGGUCAUUUCGAAGUUGCCAUUUUGAGUGCGUAAUUACUGCACUGAUUUCUGAAACAUUCACUUACAAGACGAGGCAUACUUCGUAUAAGCCGCUCCCUGUUGCAGUGUGUGGUCAAGUUCAGUGUACGUGGUCGGCGGCCUGCCGCAUACAGGUCCCUAUCACGUCCUGGCCGUGUUCAGUCGGGAAAAGGGCUGAGCUCCUUGCUGGCCAUAGCACUGUAUGUAGUGGUGCUGG